GCCCCCGUGCCAAGGAGCACGAGGUUAGGAAGUGUGCCCCUGCUUCUGAACCCUGAGUGGUUCUCAGCUCUGUAAACUUCGCCUCCCACUGGGUGGAGUAGGGCCUUUAAGAGCAGUGGGAAUGCAGUUCCCCUGAUCAGUGUAGCCAGUUGUUGCCUGUCUGAACCUCUGCCAGUCCUGGAGAGCAGUGCUCUGAGCUCAGACCAGCGGGCCUCUCUCCGCACCCCCACUGCUGUCCUUUUUGCCAGAGAAGCACGUUCCCACCUGUCCAGCCAUGGGGGAGGACCUUGCACAAGCUGAGAAGUUUCAGCACCUGGGCUCGGCCACGUGGCAAGAGAAGCCAGCCAGCCCCAGCCUAGUGCCCUCCUCCACGCCGAGCCCCAGCCUGAACCUGGGGAGCACGGAGGAGGCCAUCCGGGACAACGCGCAGGUGAACGCCGUCACAGUGCUCACGCUCCUGGACAAGCUGGUGAACAUGCUGGACGCGGUGCAGGAGAACCAGCACCAUAUGGAGCAGCGGCAGAUCAGCCUCGAGGGCUCCGUGAAGGGCAUCCAGAACGACCUCACCAAGCUCUCCAAAUACCAGGCCUCCAUCAGCAACACGGUGAGCAAGCUGCUGGAGAAGUCCCGCAAGGUCAGCGCUCACACCAGGGCGGUCAAGGAGCGCAUGGACAGGCAGAGCGCGCAGGUGAAGCGGCUGGAGAACAACCACGCCCAGCUCCUCAGGCGCAACCGUUUCAAAGUGCUCAUCUUCCAGGAAGAAAAUGAGAUCCCUGCCAGUGUGUUUGUGAAAGAGCCAGCUUCCAGCCCAGCGGAAGAGAAGGAGGAGCUUGCUGAUGAAAACAAGUCCCUGGAGGAAACCCUGCACACGGUGGACCUCUCAUCAGAUGAUGAAUUGCCCCACGAUGAGGAGGCCCUGGAAGACAGUGCAGAGGAAAAGAUGGAAGAAAGUAGGGCAGAGAAAAUAAAAAGAUCUAGCCUCCGGAAAGUGGAUAGCCUCAAGAAAGCAUUUUCUCGCCAGAACAUCGAGAAAAAAAUGAACAAGCUGGGGACAAAGAUCGUAUCUGCAGAGAGGCGAGAGAAGAUUAAGAAAUCCCUCACUUCCAAUCACCAGAAGAUAUCCUCUGGGAAAAGCUCCCCCUUCAAGGUUUCUCCCCUCACCUUCGGUCGAAAGAAAGUCCAAGAGGGAGACAGCCCUACAGAAAAUGAGACCAAGUCAGAAGACCUGCCUAGCAGUGAGCAGAUACCAGAUGAGCCUGAAGAGAGCUCAGUCGCGGAGGGUCUCUCUGAAAUGUCCCAGCCCAGUGCUGCGGUGGAAGGGAAGAGCAAGGAGGGGGAUGCAGGGAGGGCAACCUCCAGGGGGAGCAGCUCGGCCUUGGCUAGCAACAUCGACUUGACAAUUAAGGAAGAUGAAGAAGCGGAGUCGGUGGCCGUGGAACAGGCCCAGAAGGUUCGCUAUGAGGAGGGCUACCUGCUAACGUCUGAGGAUGCAGAGCGGUCCGAUGAGGACGCAGUGCAGCCUGCAGUGCUCCAGGUGGACCAGACCGCCUAAAUGCACAGCACGCUGGGCCCAGCCUGUGCCUUUGUUUAAAUGGGUAACCAGGGUGCAGGACAGCCCCCUACACACCUCCAGCACUGCCCAGUCACUGCUGCAUCCUUGUCCAAACAGCCACCAUUGACGACAUAGCAGCAGCACGCUCAUGACCAAGAUUUACUCUGACGGCGACCUGUCAGGAACUCUACUUCUAACUUGCUCUUAGGUUCUAUUUUUGUAGAAUUUCUCCAAGACUGCACGGAAGAAGAAAUGGAACAGCUGCAAAACGCUGAUCAGUUUGGCUUUGUUAGAAAAACCAGAGGCUACUUAAGAUCUUAGUCAUGAAAUGUGAUUCAUUUUUUGUCAUUCCAUAAGCUUGCUGAAUAGUGUACCAGUACUAUAUUGAAUUUCCACAGAACUCUGUGAAGCUAAUUAUUGUAUUUCAAGUUUGUGAUAUAUAAUUUACAUAUGUAUUUAAGCUAAAGACAUAGCUACUUUAUAUUUUCAGGGGAAAAAACCCACUUUUAAUAAAAGGUGAAAGAGAAGGUCCAGUUUGUUAUUCACUUAGUAGAAACCAGUGUCUUAUUGAAAAUGAAGGAAAAAAAUCGAGAGACUAUAAUAGUCAGCUAAUAAAGUAAGAUGGAGAAAAGCCAGGACUAUCAGAGAAAGAAAACUAAGGAGAAGUUAGAAAAUAAGAGAAACAGGAAAGGAAGAAUGCCAAAGAGAAUGAAGAGAGAGGAAAAACUAUGUGCUUAGAAAUAAAAUAUUUACAGUAUCAACUCAAGUAUUCCAUUCCUUAAAUAACAAUUCUAAAGAGUUUCAUAUAUCCUGGAAUAAUAUGUCCUAUCUUCACAAUAUUUUUACUUUCUAAUAUUUCAAAUAAUAUAAAAAACAUAGUUUACUGUGUUAAGGCUGGAUUCUUCUUAAUAAAUAAAAGACAUUACAAAUAUUUCUCCAAGGAGGUUUAAAAGGAUGUUGUCUCUUUAACAUUGGAAUGAACAUAAAUCUUCAAAAUUCAUAUGUACUGUCUUUUGUAGGAAGUUGGAUCCUACUAUUAUCUCAUUUUCCAAAUUUGAAAUAAUCUUUACACUUCAGAUGAUGUGAUGUAGGUCUAGAAAGAUGUUAAAAUCAACAGGUUUGAGAAGGGAAGGAUUCUGUUUUUCCUUUUUGUACAUAUUGCUAAUUUCACCCCAGGUCAUAGUUUAUUUAUAUAUUAAUUUCACAGAAUAUUAGCAUGACUCUUCUGAAAGCAUGCUAGUGUAUAUGAACACAUUUAUUCAGACAGGAUAAUUUUUACUACUGCCUAACAUACUAAAAUAUUGCUUUACCUAUUUUUAAUUACAGAAUGCUAAUGUUUUGAGAAAACUAUUAAAUUUUAGUUUAGAGACAGUUGUACUAGGGAGCAAACUCCCUACCUUUUGUAUUUACCACUCACCGUAAGUAACCUUUACAAAUAUAAGUAAUCCAAGACCGUAUUAACAAACGAUGCUUUGUGUUAUAGAAGGAAAAAUAGGAUUAACAAACGUAUUGACGGCAUAAUCUAUACAGCUAUGUCCUUAUUUUGCAAUAAUGUACCCCAAAUAUUAGAUUGUUGCACUAACAAUGGCUGUGUUAAAGAAGACUAAAUAAACCAAAAAAUAAAAAGUAUAUAACAA